AUGGCGACACUGAAGGAGAUUCUGACUCGGCGCCCCGUCGCGGCCACGAUCCGACUCACAGUCCCGGCGGGAGGAGCCCGACCGGCGCCGCCCGUCGGUCCGGCGCUCGGGCAAUACAGAUUGAACCUGAUGGCCUUCUGCAAGGACUUCAACGCCCGGACCCAGAAGUACAAGUCGGAAACCCCGAUGUCGGUGACGAUAACCGCGUUCAAGGACAACACCUUCGAGUUCACCGUCAAGUCGCCGUCGGUCACCUGGUACCUGAAGAAGGCCGCCGGGAUCGAGUCCGGCAGCAGCCGCCCCGGCCACGUGGCGGCGUCCUCCGUCACGCUGAAGCACGUCUACGAGAUCGCCAAGGUAAAGCAGUCGGAUCCUUACUGCCAGUACAUGUCGCUCGAGUCCAUUUGCAAGUCCGUCAUCGGCACCGCCAACACCAUGGGGAUUAAAGUCGUCAAGGAGUUGGAAUGA